AUGCGACCAGCAGCUCUUCAAGCAUUUCUGGGAGGGGCAGCCGGGCGCUGGGCUGAGCGCCGAGCUCGGGCUCAGCCGGAGGCUCAGCCCCGGCAGGUGCGGACUGGGAACACUGGGCAUGGUGGGACUGGGGAAACUGGGAACACUGUGAUUGGGGGCACUGGGAACGCUGGGGGCCUUGAGCCCCCCCAGAGCUCCGGGCUCAGCCCCGGCAGGCAUGGGGAGGGCCCGCUCAGUGACACGUGCAGCCGCAAGACGCUGUUCUACCUGAUCGCCACCCUGAACGAGGCCUUCCGGCCCGACUACGACUUCAGCGCCGCCAAGAGCCACGAGUUCAGCCGCGAGCCCAGCCUCAACUGGGUGGUGAAUGCCGUGAACUGCAGCCUCUUCUCGGCCGUGCGCGAGGAUUUCAAGGCGCUGAAGCCGCUGCUGUGGGACGCGGUGGAUGAGGAGAUCUGCCUGGCCGAGUGUGACAUCUACAGCUACAACCCCGACCUGGACUCGGAUCCCUUCGGCGAGGACGGCAGCCUCUGGUCCUUCAAUUACUUCUUCUACAACAAACGCCUCAAGAGGAUCGUCUUCUUCACCUGCCGCUCCAUCAGUGGCUACGCCUACACCCGGCCGGACACCGGGACCGAGCUGGACAUGGACCUGGGCGAGGGCGACGCCGAGAAGGGCGACAGCGGCGACCCCGAGGGCGGCGGCAUCGAGGAGGACAGGCCGCAGGUGAUGUGCAUGUGAGAUUCCCGGCGGGAUCCGAGACACCGGGAACGGAACCGGCAACGGGAACGGAACCAGCAAUGGGACUGGAAAUGGACUGGGAACCAAACCGGAACCGGGAACGGAACCGGAACCGGGAACGGAACCGGGACUGGGAACCGAACCGGAACCGGGAACGGAACCGGGACUGGGAAUGGAACCGGGA